GUAAUGUAAACGUAUACAGCGCUAUGCAUGUAACGUAAUUCAACGAUUACCGCUAGAUUUUCAGAUGCGGAUUCUACUGUUGAUCUCAGCUGGCAAACCCAAUGUAAAACAUGUAAUUUGCCGAUUUUUCAUGGUUUCAUGAAAGACUUACCACAAAAAUUUGUACCAGUCAAGAUAAACACCGAGGAAAUCAUCUGUCUGUCGUCUGGAGAAAAAGAAUCAUGGCUGGAGAGGGGCCUCCAUUCCUGACAGUGGGUACUGACGUCAGUGCCAAAUACAGGGGAGCUUUCUGUGAAGCAAAGGUCAAAGUGGUCAAGAAGUUGGUGAAAUGCAAGAUCAACUUCAAAAGGGGGACAAGCUGCAUAGUCAGCGAUGAAUUUAUCAUAGGGAAUUUGAAGAUUGGUGCCAAGGUAGAGGCUAAAAUAACUGAAAGUAGUCCAUAUGAAGAUGGAACAAUUAUGAAGCUGAAUGAUGCAAGUCUCUACACAGUUGUAUUUGAUGAUGGUGAUGAAAAGACUCUGCGAAGAACCUUGCUAUGCUUGCAAGGAGAGAGACACUUUCAUGAGAGUGAGACCUUAGAUCACCUGCCAUUGACAGAUCCAGAGAACUUUGGUACUCCUGUCAUGAAAGACAGCAGUAAGAUGAGGAGAAAAAGAAGAAUGAGUAAUCGCUCACAGAAGAGUGAAAGUGAAGAAGAGGAAGAGGAGGAGGAGGACAGCGACAGUGAUUCUACCAAGAGACAUCGUAAGGAGGAGCCUGAGGAUGCCGUGGGCAAGAUAGUCAUUGUAGAGAUGAACGAGAAGAGGAAGAAUUCCUUCUUUCCUGCACUGGUUGUUGAUCCAAGCUGUACAAAAGAUGUCCAGACCAAUCGGAAAGACUAUAUAGUGGCGCGAUCAUUCAAGGAUAACAAAUUCUACACUGUUUCCAGAUCAAGUAGGAAACCAUUUCUAUCCAAGGAUCAUACGUACAAAGGGGAUGUAGCUUCUCUCAAAGCAGCCAACGAGAAGGCAGUGACGUUCAUCGACACUGGCCAGCUACCUCCCAAUUGGGAUAUGGAGUUGCUAAAGAAGAAGAACAAGAGCGGUAAGCAGGUACAGGUGCAAUCAGAGGAUGAGACCAGCGAAGAUUCAUCCGAUGAUGAGUAUGACAUGGAGAAAGAUGCCUGGCUUGCCUCACUGCACAAGUUCAUGGAAGAAAGAGGUACCCCUAUCAACAAGCCACCGGUGCUAGGAUACCGGGAUCUCAACCUGUACAAGCUCUACAAGCUGGUCCAGGAACAGGAAGGCUGUCGUAAGGUGACCGACAGGCAGAUGUGGAGACACAUCAUGACCAAGAUGGGCAUUCCGGUCCCCGCUACCCAACAGCCAUACAACAUUCACACCUCCUACAACAAGUACCUCUUUGCAUUUGAGGAGUUCAAUCGGAAAAUGGGACCGGGACCUCGCGUCUUCACCCGUACCAGGCGGCGGUCUUUUGACAGGGGCUGGAUAUCCCCACCUCCAGUCAUCAGCAGGCAACGGUCAGUGGCCAAGCAAGGGGUCAAAGACGAGCCGAGUGAUAGGGAGGAAGAAGAAGAAUCACCAUCCAAGAAAAGGGUCACAAGAAAGAAAGGAGAGGAUGCAGGCAAAUCACAGGAACAGGAAGAAAGUAAACGAGAGACAAGGGAAGCCAAGACAAGGUCCAAGGAAACAGAUAAGGAAGAGAAAGACACCAGUGACCGGGACGAGAAGAGAUCAGGGAAGAAGUCUUUGAAAGACGACAAGGUCAAGGAAAGACUGCACAAGGACGUCAAGGACAAGGUCAAGGACAAACCUAUCAAGGAGGACAAUGUCAAGGACAAAGUUAAGGACAAAUCUGACAAGGUCAAAUCCUCCAAGGAGGACAAAGCCAAGGAUAGAUCAAAGGACACAGCUUCAAAGGAGAGCGAUGAGAAGAUAGGCGAGAAAGCAAAUGAAGGAAAGGGGAAGGUGAAAGACACAAAAGGAAAAGAAGAAAAGACAAAGGAAGAGAAAGGGGAUAGAAAGAAGGAGGAAAAGACAGAGGAAAAAGAGCUGGAAGCGAAAGGAAAGGAAAAGAGGGGCAAGAGCAGUGAAAGGGAGGAAGAAAGCGGUAGCCCCACUCCUCAAGUCCAACACAUCACUGGUGCUGGCUAUGAGGUUGGAGAGAAGGUUCAUGUCCAUUAUGGAAGGGGAAGAACAGAGAAAAUAUACGAAGCUAAGGUUGUAGACAUCGAACUGAAGGGCAAGGAUCACGUCUUCACAGUCCAUUACACAGGCUGGAAUAAUAGGUAUGACGAGGCUGUCAAGAUGAGUCGCAUUGUAGGCUCUGCUGAAAAGAAAAAGAAAAAGUCAACUCCUAAAGGGAAACAACCUGAGAAGGAGAAGACCAAAAAGGAUGUGGAGAGAAGAGAUAAAGAAGAACAGCAAAGAAAGGAAAAAGAAGAGGCAGACAGGAGGGAACAAGAAGAAAAAGAGAGGAGGGCGAGACAGGAACAAGAACAGAAAGAAAAGGAAGAAGCAGAGAGACUUGAAAAGGCAAGAGCAGAAAAAGAAAGGCAGGAAAAGGAAAGGCAAGAGAAGCUAGAAAGGGAGAGGAAGGAGAAGUUGGAAAGGGAGAGACUUGAAAAGGAGCGAAAGGAAAAGCAGGAAAGAGAAAAGAAAGAAAGACUAGAGAGAGAACAGCGAGAAAAGGAACAGCAGGAGAGAUUAGAGAAAGAGCGACAGGAACGAGACAGGAAAGAAAAGCAAGAAAAGGAGAGGAAAGAGAAGCAGGAGAAGGACAAAAGAGAAAAGCUGGAGCGAGAGAAGAAGGAAAAGGAGAAGUUGGAACAGGAGAAGCAGGAGAAAGAACUAGCUGACAAGGCCAAGGAAGCUGAAAGAGAACGAAAGGAGAAGGCAGGAAAGGAAGGCAAGAAGACACCAACCGGAAAGCGAGGUCGUCCAUCUCUUAGCAAGACAUCUCCAGCGCCUCAGACUCCUCCAAGGACCACUCCAUCAUCUGCAAGGGGGAAAUCCCCCUCUCCCGGGUCAGUCUUCUCACAGAGGUCCAUGAGAUCUGAUAGGAAGAGUCUCACAGAAUCACCAUUUGCAAUGGGACUCAAUGUACGGUCUCGAGGCAAAAGGUCGUCAACUGGGGAAUACAGAAGAGGUGUUGAUGAUUCAGACAGUGACUACGAUGAGUUGGAUGACCUGUCUGAAAGCCAGCAGUCUACUCAAGAUAGUGAAGACUCCCAACAGAAAGACACUAGUGUCCAGGAGCCCGAGGACCAUGACGACAGUGCGUCAACAAAGACUGAAGACUAUGCUGCAACUCUGAUCAAAAUCAGCGAAGAGAAGCUAAACUUUGAUGACGACUUAGACGAAGGACCCCCGACACUCACGGCUGAAGUGGCACCAGAGACUGUAGAAGCCAGGCUGCAGGAAGUAGAUUCAGAAGCACCCAAGGUGGAAGAAGAGGAUAAGGUAUCAGGAGAGAAGGAGGGAAGGUUAAAGACAAAGAAAGAAUCCAAGAUCAGGCUGAGGAAGUCGAUAGACAAGGAGAGAGAUGGUAAGGAUUCAGCAAACGAAUCCAUGAAAGGAGAGAAGGUUGCUGGGAAGGAUGGUUCCAAAGGCAACAACGAUCUUGAUGAUUCUAAGGAGAAGAUAGACGAUACUCCUGUUCUGGAACGACAGAUACCCAUGGAAGCUGAACUGAAGGUGAAGUUGGAGGAUCUGAAGCAAGAGACCAAGGGUUCUGCAUCAGAUGCUGAUAAAUCAACAGAGAAGAAGAAGGGUAGGAGGAAAGGAAGGAAGAGCAUUGAGAGUAGAAAGAGGAGCAAAGCAGAAGCGGAUGCUGCAGAAGUCUCAGAGAAAUCAGAAGCCUCGGAAGCAUCAGAACCAAAGAAGAAACAAGCCAAGGUCGACAGGAGGAAAUCCGACAAGGGAGGGAAGAAGUCCAAGGUACAUGAGGCCAAAACACCUGCUGAUAACACAGACAGUGACUUUGGGACCAGCUCUGUCGAUGACAAGUCCAUUCCAGGAACCAGCAAAUCUUUCAUGACAACUCCACCUACCACACCAGAGAGUUCUCCUAAGAUGCAAUCUCCAGCACGCGAAGAAGAACUUCAGAUACAGACGGAAGAACAGAGCAGCAACAAGAGCGACAGUGAUGCCCUGAUUGAAGUAGCAAAUCUUGAUGACAGAGAAACAUCGCAGACCAGAGAGAAUGACACUCCUCUUGCUAGCUCUGCACCACCAAAGAAAGGCACACAGUCAUCCCAGCAGGCUUCCCCUAAGAAGAGGCGGAGGGGUUUGUCAGAGUCGGAACCCACCAAGAGACGCAGGAAGCACAGCAGGAGGCGACAGUCGUCCAUCUCUGAGAGGCAGCAGUCUGCCAAGGAACGAGGCAAUAACAACAGCAGCGAUACCGAUGAGAGCAGGUCAGAGAGCAGAUUGACCUCGAGCUCAGCCAAGCGUCAGGUGACGCUCAAGAAAUAUGCUGGUUCUUUGCCUCCAUCAAGAGUGGCUGACAGCAGUGGGCAAGAUGGGGCUGAAAAACAGCGCAGAUGGAACUUCCUUGUUGAUCUGAGCAACGUAAAGGAACCUGAUGAAAGGAUAGCCAUAAUCCAGCAUCAACUGACAGAAUUACGCUCGGUCUAUCUACAGCUCAAACAAGAAGUGGCAACUAUCGACAGGAGGAGAAAAAAAUUCCGCAAGAAGGAGAGAGAAGCUGCUCACGUGAUGGCUGGCGUUGCGCUAGGUCACUGCCUAUCCCAGGGUCAGGAGAGGAUGGAGUCAGGUGGUGGAUCAUAGCAACAAGCCCCACCCCUAGUUACGUCCCCCACCCACCAGGCCGUCACAGGUGACGGUGGUACAGUAUGCAGGGUCAGCAAAUAAAAGGAACCUCAGUAUUAAUCCAUCGAGCCAUGUCAAACAGGAAAGUGGAUAUAGAUUCAGUGAUUGUACUUCUUCUAAACACACUACGCUUGAAAUAUACAGAGAUGGUAUUCGUGUUAUAAUGUUCCCAGGAACACUAAAAUCAGUUCAUGCUGCACCUGUGCUAUAGACUUCAUGAGAAAGAAGGAAAGACAAAAUUUUCUUUUAUUUAGACCUCCUCACCAAAUCAUAUUUUUAUAUAAACAUGCAAUUUAUUGUUUGUCCAUGGAUGCAUGUUAGUCGUUAAGAACCCCUCCCCCUACGACACUUGCAGAUUAAGUGUAAGAUACAAGAUAGGCAUUAGGUGUUUGGGAGCUAGGCACAAUGUAAACAAAUAGGUCACAUCAUCAGAUGUAAUACUGUUAAGGAAAAAAAAUAUUUCAAACAUUCCACUAUUGCCUCAUCAUUUGUAACAGGAAUGCAAAGAUUUUGCUUGAGCGUAAAGUACUGUAGGAGAAGUUGGGUUUGUUAAAUUGUGUCCAUUUUACGAGACAUGAUCCUGAACAAGUCCAUUCAGGCAUCCUGCCGUUUUUUUAUCAGUAUUUACUGCACACUUUUUGGUGGAAAAGUUUCUAUCUUGCUCUUUCACAAUUUUUGAGACAUUCAAUCUCGUCAAUUAGGUUUCAUGCAUUUUCUCUGUGGAAUUUCAUGUCCCCCCCCCCUCCCCCUCAAAAAAAAACAACUGCUUGAUGGGUCUUUUAAUUCCUUUAAAAUCUGCAGGUCAUAUGAUAGCAUAGCAUAUUUUCAAGUGGAGUUUGUUUCAAACUUCUGAUGUUUAAAAAACCUCCAAGAGGACCAACUGAUAGCUUUUGCCUUGUUAUGCCCCAAAUCAAGCCAGCUUACAUGUGUUUAUUGUUCCUUGUACUGUCUAUGCCAACCUAAACAUUGGAUUUCACUGGUACUUUGGGAGUACUGCUAGCUGUAUUGACAUCUAGGCAUGGUGAUAUCAGUUUGUACAGUCAAAUCCGCUUUAACAACUGUAUGUAUUGAAAGACUACCUGUCUAUAAAGUAUUUGCAAUGCAAAGUGGUGAUAGUGUGAGUUCUGCGAUAUGUAGUCAUUGAAAUUUCUUGGGAAUUGAAAUUAGGACAAUGCAACUUUUUCUCCUUGACCAAUCUUAUACUCAAGAUAUGGCAGAUUUCAGAUUCAUGAAUUCUUUUUGCAUUAUACUAUUUCUCGUAAUAUACUUCAUUUUGUGUGACCUGAAAAAGAAAAUAAAACAAAUAACAACAGUGGACUGAAUCUUAACAAGAUUUGGAAGGAAAAUGACAUUUAUACAUACCUGUCAAUAAGGAUUCCAUGUUUUUUCAUUGCAAGAAUGAAUAAUAUAAAAAAUAAACAUAUGUGCAUGAAAAGAAGCACUUUCCAAUUCAUCUGUUCGGAAACAGAAGGGUGUUAGGUCAGUGUUAAACUAUAAGAGUUAACACCCUUCUGGCUCCAAACUGAUGCUAUACUGUGCUUCACCAAUAUAACAUUGUAAUUAUGUGUGUUAAACCAAGUACUGAAAGUAAUUCUGUUUUCAUGAGAUAGAGGACAAACCAUGGGAGCCAAAUGGACCUUUUUGUUAUUACCAUUUCAUACUGCUUUUGUUUUGUGAAUUGACAUCAUAUUUUUGUUUUCAUAACGAAUACCAGAAAGGUGACAUAUAAUAGUAAUUAAUCACUUAGCAAAUCUUCUCGCAUACGAAUGCAACCUAUACUAUUGUAAGAGACUAUUUUUGGAGGCCAACAACAAAGAAAAGUAGUCAUUACCCCUGAGACAUGAAUAGAUGUUAUGUUUGCCUGAACACAAAGUGAAUUGAUGAGGUAUGACAUAAUGUGCUUCCAAGAGUACUAAGUGGCUUAGAUAAUCCACCAUUCGUCUACUACUGUUUCGUUUGUAUCGAUGUGUGUUAAACCAACACUGCACCAUGCAUAGGAGUUCUGCUACACAAACAUGUGCACUGGUAGGUAUGUAUCAGAGCAAAGUGCCUCCUUAUUGUGCCAAAAAAUGACUAAAAUACUGCAAAUAGAUCCGCAGAGGAUUGUCUAUUCUUCCAGGCUAAAUGUAAUGGUAUGACAGAAGAAGACAAAAUUGAUGCUUUUAUGAAAUGAAAUGCUUCAAUGGAAUUUACUCUGUCUCCUUUCGCUGUGUAGAACCCAUAGGGAAGACAGUUUGUUGUAUUUUUGUCAGUGAUAAUGUGCUGCAGGUCAGUUUUCUAGUGCGUAAAGUUUUUUGAAGUGAAAUAAUAAAGCGAGUGGGAGUUGUUCAUUUGAAUGUAAUAUGCUCGGAUAUGCUGAUUUAAGUUAUGCAAAGAUAUCAAUGUGAUAAUUGUUUAUUGAGCGUGGAGGUGAAUAAGCAGAAUGGAUUUGAAUAUGAUGUGAUUACUUUUUUGUAUUAUUGUCAUUAUUAUUGACUAACAAACCACCAAAUACACCAAGCUAUCUUGAAUAUCUGGGGUUAAAACCAAAGUUUUGUUAUGGACAAGCUGCAGUAGGAAAGGGGGCAAAGUGUUGAUGAUAAUGGAUGGUUUGAUUUCAAAAGGUUUAAUUAAUUGAUUUAUAAGUUGUGGUGCAAACUUUAUCUUGUGACUCAAACUAGCAAUGCAAUACCAAUUUUGAAGCAUCGAGUUAAGAGACAAAUGAUACUGAUUGAUUUUUGUUUAUUUUACCUUCUGAUUUUUAUAUUGAAUUAACACAAUUCCAUUUACCCCCCCCCCCCCUUGUGCAUUAUUGCUAGUUGAGGAGCACUGUUAGCUUCAGUUGUUUUUAUUUUCAUUACUUUGUACUUUCAGCCUCUAAUGGCCAAAUCCAUUCAUUAAUAAGCGACUGUAUUCUUUUGAUAGAUGAUUUUCCCACACUAUAUUUGGUAUUUCUUUGUCAUGUAGACAGUAGGCUUUACUGGUUAUACUGCAAACUCUGGAGGGAUACCGUAACGUAUAUUAAAAUACCGAUAACGAAACAUUUCAGUGGAGUUCAAAGGGAUGAGUUGGUGGAUUAAAGCACAGUUCAAAUUUUUUUUAAAGCAUCAAGCAUAUGAUGUUAGCUUCAUCGACUACUUUAUAGCAUUCAUUAAGAUGGACCUUCACACAAUGUUUCUUUCGUGUGUGUUUGCUUUUCGCCUGACUUUGCCAAAUUUGACUUUGAGGGUGAUGACUAAUAUCAAUAGUGGAAAAGGAUUCCAUUUUUGCAGAAUCUUGAAUUCUUGAUCAAUUUGUGACGUAUGUCCUAUCUCGUUGAGAAGAGAGCUUCAACCUGCCAAAAAGUAUUUAUUGUUUGUCAACUGAAGGAAAUAUUGAUGCAUUUUAUAUCAUGUGUGUCGUACAUUUGUAUAAGUACCAUGUGUAAAAGCAUGCGUUGUAUAACGGUAAUGGUGUGACUAUAUAUUAGCUUAUCAUGUUCAAGAUGUCUUUGAUUUUGAUUUAUGAAUUUCUGGAAUUGUCGCUUGAUCAAAUAAUAUGAAUUUAAGUGCAAGAAUGUAUCUGUGAAGAUCGUGUGCAUAAGAGCUUUGUUUUAUUUUCUUUAUGUUACAUUUAGAAUACAGAAACAUGUCCCCCGGAACCUGUAUACAGUGCAUUAGAAAACUGGGUUUUACUAAAUAUGACAGUAAUGACACAUUUAGUAUUGUUACGAAAAGUUGACCUGUGAACUUUAAAUUAACUUAUAUGUGUGUAAAUUUCCCUCACAAUUGUGCUUUUUUCUGCAUGUAAAUGUUCAAUAAUACUUGAAAUACUUGUAGGUGUUGGCAGGUAGCUGGCAAUAACAAAUAUUCUUACAUGUUUCGUUGGUUUGUGUAUAGAUUGAAUUUGAAUGCAUUGUAUAGCUGUACAAAUAGAAUAUUAUGCAUUAUUGUAAAUGGAAGUAAUGUACGUUUAUUGUGUAUGUGAACAUAAUAUAUUCCAUGUUGUGUAAAGAGAAGAAAUUUAUUCCUUCGGCUAGUAUUCAUUAGUAUUGAAUAUUGAAACAACCAGCCAAACUUAAAGAAAGAAAUAGGUGAAUUUUCUUUUUCAUGGGAGACAUAUAUUUUGUACCAGAUAAAACAAAAUUUCAGAGAGAUAAAAAGAGUCAAAUUUGAAUUAAAUUAUAUAAAAUUAUAUAUGUAAUUUAAGUCAUUCCAAUGUGGUACAAUAAAGCUAGUAUACUGGUUUUUCCUUUUAAAAAUGUGUUCUGAAAAUAUUUUCAGGGCACUGGCUGACAGUUUUUGAAAAAGCAGAGUGUGAACAAAAUGACAGUGUUUAUUGUCAUCCAAUUUUUUAGGAAGGGUGAGGAAUUCCCUUCUGGUGGUUUAGACUUUCAUGGAUUCUAAUUAAUUGAUGGUAAAUUACUUCAUAUACUUUUCAAUUCAUGUCCCCAAGAGGAGGUGAUUUCUCCCGUUAUUGACAUGGGUGGGACGAUCAACAUACAAUUCUUUUUCUUCAAUCAACCAGCAGAGACUCUUGCUCCAAUUUAUCCUGGGGAGGAGGUUGAGCCAGCCAUGUUAAGAAGAAUCACUGAGGAAGAGGUUGAAUGCAAUCUGAACCAAGAACUUUAACUUUUUUUUUUCUUUAUCUUUUUUUUUCUUUUUAAGCAGAAGUGUUCUCUCUCCAUACCUGAGAAGCAUUCAUUUGUAGAUAUGUAGAUUAAAAUGUGUGGGUUUUAGUAGAACGGCUUACUCAUCAUGAAGUACAUUUUUCGCAUACUAGUUUAGUAAUUGCUACUUUCUGUACUUUCCUUUUCUGAACUCUCUGUCGAUGUGGAUGUGAUACACUUUUAUGCUCACAAUCCAAUAAAAUCUUGCCUUCUAGAUUUUGAAGAAAAAAAAA